AAACCCUUUUAAGGAUCUGAUUUGAUCCACAAUUGAUCUUUUACCUAUUUUCCCUCUCGAAUGUUUUUCCCUUCGAUGAUGCAAAAAGGCGGAGUUUUGGAGCUCUGUUUUCAAUAAAUCAGCCAAAAGAAUCAUCGUUAAUCCUUUUCAGAUCAGAAGGAUUAUCGCGGGAGGGGUUUGGAUUUGGAAUGCCGUUCAAAGCUGUAACCGCAGAUGGCGCCGUUAGCCUCAAUGAUUUCCCAAUUGAGAUAUUGCUUCACUUGGUCGUCAAUCUCCCUGUACAUUUCCAAAGGAAGAGCAGUUUAAUAUACAUACGGUUGUGUUUGUGUUCGGAUUAAAAAGGCCUCGUUCGUUUAGAUUCAUUUUGGUUUCGGGCAUACCCUAUCAAUUGGCCCCCGUAUCCCUCAAUUUUAGGGCCAUUAGGUUUCUGCAGUAAUUGCAAUUCCUUUAUUUAUGUCAAAUCCUAUUGCGGUGAUCUUCAAUUACCGACUUCUAGUUGAAUUCCGAGUGUUUAUGGUUAUUAAUUGCCGGGGUGGGAACUAGCUAGUGGAAUAGGUAGUGGAUUUCGAUUGGAUUUGUGUUUAUACAAAUCUGGUUCGAUUCGAACGUGGAAGCUCAGGUUUCGUGUUCCUUAUUGGCAACAAUUUGGACAGAUUCGGAAUAUUUGUAUCCGAUUUUUUUACGAAAUUUCUAGGGUUCGUACAUCGAAAUGUUGUGGGGCUGACAUUAUUAUCAUUAUCAUUAUUUCUAUAGUCGUUAGAUUUGUUUACUUGAGGCAAUCAUUUUUCUUGUUUUAGGUCUAUUUCGGUGAUUUGGGUCUAUAACUUUGAGCGUAGGGAUUUGGAUCCAUUGGAUUUGCAGUUUGAGAGGGAAGGGGAAUAAUUUGGUUCUUGGGGUUGUUGAGGGUAGUUCUAUUCAUUAUAGAAUUGUUGGGACACAGUGGAUGAUAAAAGCAGGAGAUGAGAGGUGAAGUUUUGGGAUUGAGGGGACAACAAUGACUACAGGGUCAUUGGGUCUUCGAUCUUCAGCAAGUUAUGGGUCAUUGCAGCAAAUUCAGAACGGUUUGUUAUCAUCACUCCCAAUUCAGAACACACCACCAGUCCCGCGGAAGUCUGCGAAGAUGUCCAAGGAAAAGGAGAAAUUGUACCACUGGAUCUUCAAAUUCGCCCCUCGAAAGAAGAUUGGCAUGUUCCUCUUGUGUCUGGUUUCCCUUGCAGUUUUCAUGUGGGUGUUGCUUGUUGGCAAAGGCGAAGAUGCUCGGGACAGCAUUUUAUCGAACAUCAAUAUUGUGUUGAGGCCAGAGUCUGAGGAGAAAGUUAAUGUGAAUCGGUCUACAUCUGCAAGUGUGAAUAAAUCUUUGCUAUCUCCGCCUCCAGCCACUGUUUAUUUUACAGGAUACACACUUCCUCCCGGUAAUCCAUGUGAGAAUUUCAGGCUGCCACCACCACCAGCAGAUAAAAAGAGGACUGGACCACGGCCUUGUCCUGUGUGCUACCUUCCUUUGAAAGAUGCUCUUCCUCUAAUGCCAAAUGCAUCAUCCUUUUCUCCGGUGCUGAAAAACUUGACAUACAUCCAUGAAGAAAGUCUAAGUAAGUCAGAAUUUGGAGGUUCAGAAUUUGGUGGGUAUCCUUCACUGAAACAAAGGAGUGAGUCCUAUGAUGUAAGAGACUCCAUGAGUGUGCACUGCGGAUUUGUUAAAGGAGUGAAGCCAGGCCGUCAAACAGGCUUUGACAUUGAUGAUGCCGACCUUCAGGAGAUGGAUAAUUGUAGAGGGAUUGUUGUUGCAUCAGCAAUAUUUGGGGCAUUUGAUUUGAUACGUCAACCAAAGAAUAUUAGUGAAUACUCCCAGAAAAAUGUCUGCUUUCAUAUGUUUGUUGAUGAAGAAACAAAGAUUUUUCUGAGAAAUUCUAGUGAGAUUGGAAAUGACAACAAGGUGGGGCUGUGGCGAAUUAUAAAGGUCAACAACCUGCCUUAUUCUGAUCCAAGACGCAAUGGAAAGAUUCCAAAACUACUACUUCACCGGCUUUUCCCCAAUGCCCGAUAUUCACUGUGGAUUGAUGCAAAGCUUGAGUUGGUCGUAGAUCCAGUUCAAAUUCUUGAAAGGUUUUUGUGGAGGAAAAAUGCAAGCUUUGCAAUAUCAAGGCAUUACCGUCGUUUCGAUGUGUUUGUAGAAGCAGAAGCUAAUAAAGCUGCAGGGAAGUAUGAUAAUGCUUCCAUCGAUUUCCAGAUUGACUUCUAUAAAAAGGAAGGCUUAACACCAUAUUCUUCUAAGAAAUUACCCAUCACUAGUGAUGUCCCUGAAGGGUGUGUGAUUAUUAAGGAGCACAUUCCCAUCGCCAAUCUCUUCACCUGUCUCUGGUUCAACGAGGUGGACCGGUUUACUUCGAGAGACCAAAUAAGUUUCUCCACUGCAAGAGACAAGAUCCGGGCCAAGACUAAUUACACCAUUAACAUGUUCUUGGACUGUGAACGGCGCAACUUUGUGAUUCAGGGUUACCACAGAGACUUACUUGAGCGCUGGCCGCCUCCACCUCCGCCACCUGUGAUCAUACCCCAUGAGAAUCCGAACAAAGCUCGAUCAGGUAGGAGACUCCCCACAAGGCGUGGGAGAGACAGGCGAUCCAGGAGGCACCGGAAAAUCAACCCCGGAGGCAGCAGAGAUUCUAAUACCAUCCAUAAUUUUUUCUAGGCGAGAUUAUUGAUUCUCUUUACCUUGCCGGUUCAACGAGCUUUCGAAUAUAGGAGUGAUCGAGCAAGACAGAGGAAUUGUAGGUAAUAUUUUUCCUCGGAUAGUAACAUUAAAAUUCUUUCUCUUCAUUUUUGUUGGCUUUAUUUCUUGUCAAGUGUUUAUUCCAACACCCACAGAUGUAACAUUUAUCCAUUUUUGUUGUGUACAUGCACAUAUGUUAUAGUUCUUAAUAAUUUAUAUCUUUGGCAUUGCCUCCA